AUGGUAACUUCAUCAGCUUGCUUGGUUGAAGCAGGAGUCCCUCAAGGAAGUGUACUGGGUCCAUAUCUAUACCUGCUCUAUAAUAGCGAUUUUCCUACAAAUGAAAAUUUAACAACUGCAACAUUUGCCGAUGAUAUUGCUAUUCUAUCUUCAGAUCCUGAUUCAGUUGUUGCAUCGAGAAGACUUCAGAGUCAUCUAAGAGUCAUUGAAAAAUGGACUAGCAAAUGGCGUAUAAAAAUUAAUGAUAAUAAAUCAACUCAUGUAAUAUUUACACUCAACAAAUCUUCUUGCCCAGCAGUUCAAUUUCAUGAUAAGACAAUUCCAGUUAAACACUCAACAAAAUAUCUCGGGAUGAUAUUAGAUAGCAAACUAACCUGGAAGCAACAUAUACUUUCAAAAAUAGCUCUAGUAAAAAAUAGAGCUAAGGAACUCUACUGGCUCAUAGGCUUGUCCAUAACUACAGAGUUGGCAGGGUUACUUCAACAAGCGGCUUCAGAAAUGAAUCGGUACUCGAAGCUAAUUCAGGCCGAAGAAGCGAAGGAGACGAGGCGUGAUCUGAGUCGCUUAAAAUCCCUUCUCUCAGAAAGGAAUAAAUUAAAUGAAAAGUAUAGGGAACUAGAAUUGUGUAUCAAGUCCCUAUACAGGAAUAUAAUUUAUAAACGCAUGAAAAAUAUCGCACCUGUCACCAGAAGUGUGAGCAUACGUGAUUUCGGCCGCUUGAUAAGAAAACACCUGGGACUAUUCUUAAAUGAGUGGACUUUGCGACUCAUUGCAUUUUUUGUCUAUGACAAGGCUGCUUCAGUUCGAGCAGAAUCAUUGAAAGUAUUGAUACCAUUAUAUGAAGAGCAUGAGCUAACAAGCAAACUGAAAAUAUUUACGCAUAGAUAUCAAAGGAGACUUGUAAGUUUAACUUGGGAUAAGAGCCGAUGCAAUCAAGAGAUUGCAAUGCAGCUUGUCACGGCUAUGUUCAGGCCCUAUCCGUACUUAUUCACCAGGAAAGACUUGAACACGGUUUCAAGUUUGAUGUUCUCUCUAAAUCGAAAGGUUGCAGUGGCAGCAGGAACGUUUUUUCAUAAUGUUUUUUUGAAAUUGGAUGAAGAUUCAAAUGGGGCCGGGUUUGGGGUUCGAUGGUUCAGGCAUGUUUCAACUUCCAUCAUUGAAUUGAAAGGAUUAAAUUUUAUUUCUUAUCUAGUGGAUGCCCUAGUCGCAAACAUUGAGAUAAUGAAAGAUUGGAAUUCGAUGAUCCAUAUUUUAACUCAAGAAAAUGAUGAUCCUGCGACCCCAAUCCCCCAACUUCAAGAAAUUUUAAUUGAAAUUAUGUUCUGGUGUGCAAGUCUUUCAAGUACUGGUGAAUAUCCGGGGGAGAGAGCAACUGAUAACAUGGUCCCAAGUUUAAAACAAAGAAAACAAAUGAAGAAAGAAAAAUUAAAUAUCACAAAACAUCUAAUGCCUGUGAUAGCAAUUCUGUUGGCUCGCUUCAAAACCAAUGUGAAUUGUAUUAUUCAUUUGAUCAGAAUACCUCAAUAUUUUGACCUCGAAAAUACAAGUGAGAUGGAAUAUCUGCAUUUAAGGAAUUUAUUGGGCGCUCUGCAAAACAUCGCCCAGGAGUGUACCGACACAAUAGUGUUAGACAACUGCAGCAAGACUUUGCAUUGCCUUUAUAAAAGGGCAAGCAUUGUUGCAGAUUGCGAUGCCGCCAUAUCGACCAUUGUCGACGAAUGCGCAUUUGUAUAUAUGGAGCCAUAUCUUGUAUGGCAAAGUAUUGUGGAUGGGCAAAUAGAUCCAAAAUAUGCUAAGAAAGAGGAUUUUCCUCGGAUUGUAAAUUCUCUGAAGAAAAUAUGCAUUUUCCACUAUUUACAUAACAUAAAUUAUUUAGAUAUAUGGGAUGAUUUUUUAGAAGAAUUUAAAGUGUUUAGGAAUGGUGUCUUUGAAAGAAAUCUUCCUAUCAAGGGAUCGAUAUACUGCCUACUUUCCUACGGCACAUAUUUAUCUUGGGAAUUGAUGGAAGUAAAAGAUAUGGAUCUAAAUAAUAUGGUACUCAAUGCUAUGGCUUGUAUGAAACGAGCCGAUGUAUUGAAGUUGCUGGUAAAGUGGUAUUUAUAA